AUGGGCGAGGCGGGGGACGCGGCGCAGGAUGGGGGUGCGGCGCGACACGAGAUUGGGGUGCGACAGGGGAUGGCCGUGGCGGCGAGGCGGAGUGGGGUGCACGGACGACACGACUGCAACAAGCGAAGAAACAAGAGGGCCGGUGACUCUGAUGACUUGUCUCCACACAAAUGCUCCGUGUUCCUUGUCAACAGUAGAUCAGAGCAUGAUUCACCAUUCCCGUGGGAUGCAAGACACCGCGGAGCAGGAGGAUGCGAGCAUUCUCCUCCACGUCGAGGGACCCCCUACUCCAAUGUCCCUUCUGAGAGCCGCCAUCAUGCCCUGCUCACUGGUGCGGAUCUCAGUGGUGCCGCGCUGCCACCACAAGUGAAGAAGCUGCAACAAGUGAAGAACCAGUCAGGCCGGAGACUCUAUCCUGGGCCAGCGGAGCAGGAGGAUGCGAGCUACUUUCUCCUUGGGGUCGAGGGGCCUCUCUGCUCCAAUGUCCUUUCUGAGAGUCGUCCUCAAGGCCAGCUCACCUGUGCGGCGCUCGUUGGUGGAGGAUGGCAGACCUAUGGCCGCGUUGUCUGUGGAAUUCCUGGACGGGGUGAGGCAGCUGCCCGCGGCGCGGUCCUGCUCAAGUGCUGCGACGUCGAGCUCAAGCAGCCGCGGGGGCUCGAGGACCCGCAGGUCCUCGCGAGGGAGACCGUCUUCAGCGUGAGCGAGGUCGAGGCGCUGUACGAGCUGUUCAAGAAGAUCAGCAGCGCCGUCAUCGACGACGGGCUGAUUAACAAGGAGGAGUUUCAGUUGGCGCUAUUUAAGACCAGCAAGAAGGAGAGCCUGUUCGCGGAUCGUUAA